UCGCUCUCUCAGUGUGCAAGUGGGCUUUUAAUGAAGGGGUAAAUUCAGCAUUAUUAAUAGAAUUGAAACAUCGGGACAAUGGGGACCAACACGCCCAGUUUGAAUAGGAAUACGUGCCUUUGAUAUUGGAUUAGUGUUAAGAAUGAGAGAUUGCAUCCCUUCGUUAUGGUACUUCUGUGCACAAAGAAGGCCCAAGGGCUGUAUGCCUAUGCCAAGAGUGCUGUUGUGUUCGUGGUUAUGGUUGUGACAAUGUGGUUCCAGAUCUCGACCAACGACACAAUCGUGAGAGACCGUUAUUUUCCAGUUGAGAGCCUCAUAGACACACAGCCCCCUUCUAGAGAGGCAAAUGGUACCGUCGGUUGCCCCAUCCCUCCACCAGGCCUCGUUGCGUGGACGGAUGUGAAAACCGGAAUAACCGAAGCCGAAGCCGAGGCCAACUUGACCAACGUUCGUGAAGGAGGGAGUUGGUGGCCGCGGGACUGCGUGGCCCCCUGGAGAGUGGCCAUCGUCGUACCGUUCAGGAACAGAGAGGCCAUGAUGGGUCCAUUUCUCAGCCACAUGCAUCCGUUUCUCCAGCGGCAGUUGCUCAAUUAUACCAUCUAUAUCGUGGAACAGACAGCUAACAAAAUCUUCAACAAGGCGAAGCUCCUGAACAUCGGGUACAAGCACGCGCAAGCACACGGGCCGUGGGACUGCUAUGCUUUCCACGACGUAGAUUGCAUUCCCGAAGACGACAGGAAUCUCUACUACUGCAGCAGUCAGCCAAGACACCUGGCCGUCGGUCCGGACAAAUUUAAUUACAAACUCUUCUACCCGACCUGCUUCGGCGGCGCGAGUCUCAUGAGCGGGUGGCAGGUGGAGCGGGUGAACGGGUGGAGCAACCUCUACUACGGCUGGGGUGGAGAGGACGACGACAUGUGGGAACGCAUCCACGCCGAGGGAAUGGAGGUCAGGCGCUACCCGGACCACAUAGCCACAUACACCAUGUUGAACCACACGAAGGCGCCGCUGAAUUCGAGGAGGUACGAACUGAUGGCCCAAACCACAGCCGCUUACAAGAGUGACGGCCUAAACUCCCUGAACUACAGCCUCGUUUCGACCACACGGCGCCCACUGUACACGAAAUUCUUAGUCGAUAUCUGAACUGCGUGGGGUGCGC